AUGGCUGCUACACCAACAAUUGAGCCCCACGGGCUCGGUUUGGCCCAGCUCAUCGCCUCUAUCAUAUUCGGCAUCCUGACUACCGUUGUUGUUUUUCUGCGGACGUUCAUUCGCGUGAAAAAUGGCGUUUUUGGAGUAGAUGAUAUCCUGAUGGUUAUUGGAUAUGUUGGUUUCAUCACUGGAAUGUCUAGAGUAACCAUGCAGCUAACAUUCAGACACAAGAUCUUGUUUGCAAUACUUGCCGGCUUUGUCUGGCUCUUCCAAAUAUUCUACUGCGCAUCCCUCGUUUCUAUCAAAGCCUCCAUUUGCGACGCCCUACUUAGAAUUGCAGUUAUACCGUGGCACCGAGUGGUUGCAUGGAUGACACUUGCCAUGGCUGUUAUUUGCGCCAUGAUUGUGUUCAUAAGCCUUUUCGUGCUCUGCAAGCCAUUGUCAGCAACAUGGACUGGUGACGGAAAAUGCUCACCUCCUUCGGCUUUGGCCAUUCUGGCUUGUUUUGUCUCGGUUUCCUCUAUAUUAACCGACAUUAUCUGUGCAGCACUACCUGCUUUGAUGCUAUACAAGGCGCAGAUGGAACUAGCGACAAAGGUAUCUAUCAGUAUGGUGCUUGGGCUUGGUGCUCUUGCAUCGGUUGCUACAAUUAUUCGAAUGCCAUUUGUAUUGUUUUACUUCCACCCUAAUCCGGGCUAUCUUUGUCAUCAACAUCGGCAUUGCCAUGUUUCUCUAUGGAGCACCGUCGAAGCAGGCAUUGGGAUUAUAGCCGGUUCUCUCCCUGCCUUGAGAAAGUUUGUCAAACGCUGGAUUACCUUUGACAGCACAGCUCGCCAAUACUCGCCACCCAAGUCAUACAGGGGAUCGCAUGGGUUGGGAAUCACUAGUCAUAUCGGAACCGCAAGCCGCGUUAAAGGGUUCAACAUAUCACGAGGCGUGGAGAAUGACGGCAAGGACCACUGGGAAGGUCUUGAUGAUGGCUCAUCUAGGAGAGGGAUUAUCGUUACCGUGGACGUGGAGAUGCAUACAUUGGAGAACAAUGCGGAGUCGAUAGGGUCUCGUGUUUCAGAUGAGACAUAUGCAAGAUCAGCUUAG